GGGACGUCAGUGCGCAGCUAAACCCGGAAGAGAGAGAGAAGCGCGAGCGGAGACACAUAAACAAACAAAUCGAGCUGAAAAACAUCAAAAUAACUCAGCAGAGCUUGUAAAAGCGCAGUGGACAUUAACAUGGACGACACACUCUUCCAGCUGAAGUUCACGUCGAAGCAGCUGGAGCGGCUGGCCAAAAAGGCAGAGAAGGACUCCAAAACCGAGCAAGCCAAAGUGAAGAAGGCGCUCCAGCAGAAGAAUGUGGAGUGUGCGCGUGUGUACGCAGAGAAUGCCAUUCGCAAGAAGAACGAGGGUCUGAACUGGCUGCGUAUGGCGUCUCGCGUGGACGCUGUGGCCUCCAAGGUCCAGACGGCUGUGACCAUGAAGGGGGUGGCGAAGAACAUGACGCAGGUGACUAAGGCUCUGGACAAGGCUCUGAACUCCAUGGACCUGCAGAAGGUGUCGGCCGUCAUGGACAAGUUCGAGACGCAGGUGCAGAAUCUGGACGUGCACACCUCGGUGAUGGAGGACUCCAUGAGCUCGGCCACCACGCUGAGCACGCCGCAGGAGCAGGUGGACGAUCUGAUCCUGCAGAUCGCCGAGGAGAGCGGCCUGGAGGUGGAGGACCAGCUGAGCCAGCUGCCCGCCGGAGCCUCGUCGCUGGGAGAGACGUCCACGCGCUCGCAGGAGAAGGAGGACCUGCUCUCCAGACGGUUGGCAGCUUUACGUAACUGAUGGCGUUCAGACUUUUCCUGCGUGGAGGACUCUAUCAGGCCGCUGAUUUUUAUAACCCAGUCCAUUUAUGCACAUUAUCUCCCACACUUUAUGAUGAACACAAGCACUGUCUCUCCUUCAGCUCUUUAUUUCUCUGUGUCUCUAUCAUCAAACGUGACUGUGUCUGUGGAAAGAGCACAAGUCAUUUCUCCUCUUUAUUUCUGGACGCUGCUCUCCGCGGGGCUUCUUGGGUUUUGCUCAUCGUCUUGGCUGGCACUGUGUUUGCAUAUUUAUUUAAGGCUGACAGAGACAGAUCCGUUGAUAAGGUUAAUGUUAGCAGCGCUCGUGGUGUUUGCCUUGCCACUGAGCACGUGUGUGAGGAGGUGCUUCUUGCGUUCAGUGCCUCCGUCAGACUACGAGAGUCUACAUAUAAACACACACACACCAUAAUGAAUGGAAAUCUUCUUUGGCUCCUGCUGCAGUCGCGGUGUAGGGUUAGAGCACUUUCUCCGGUGCAGUUAUCAUGUAAAUAAAUAGUUCUGACACAGAUCUUCUUUGGCAUGUUCCAGUGCCGCUGCUCUCAUUCUUAGGCAUUUUAGUCUGUUAAAUAACAUCUGACAUGAUGAUGUUCAUCUCUGAUGGAUCCUCGGAGUCUGAUUCUGAGCUCGUAUGGACAGAAGACCAGAUUACAGACACUCGUUACCAUCCAGAGUACAACACCACCGGUUUACACCCAUUUAAAGCAUGGGAUGGUAUACAGUUAUCGUAGAUGAUUGAGAAUGAAGAUGAAAUAAGAGAGUUUUAUUUGGAUAUGCCUCUUCUAGUUAUUCAUGCAGUAAAUAACUAGAUGUUAGACAUGUUCCACUACACAUACAUGCUUUAUUACGUUACUGUAUGUUCAUUGAAUGCAAGUACAUAAUAAAUUUUCUGAUCUUU